CGAAAAUGAACACACCAGCAUAAACCAGCGCGUACAGGCAGGCAAGGGAGAGAAAAUGCUGCUGCUGCGUGCGUUGAAGUCGCGCGUGUUUUUCGUGCCGAACUUUUUUUUUUUCCGAGACUUUUGUUGCCUCGUUCUUCUUAUUUUUGCGUGCUUUACCUCCUUCCUCUCCUGUGACGGUAGUUGCCACCGGGUACCGUUGGCGUACUCGGCGCGGCGUGUAUUUCCUCCGGUCGGGGUCUGUUAUCGAGGAGAGCCUACGGCUUCCCACUUCCGUUUUUUCGUGCGGGUGUCAAGGUGUAGUAGGUUGGUUUUCGUCUCUCUUUGUAAUUUGCGUCAUUUGUCUUUGUUCGUUUGUCCUGGUUAGGUGUCAUUAAAAAGUUACUCUUUUCUUUUCCAUAUCUUCGUCUGUGCUUGCGUCCAAAUAGCUUUCCCGCUCCCCUUGACAACUACCGGUAGCUAAUUGUAGCGAGAACGGUCGCUCUCGAGGUUGUGGAUGCUGCUGCACGCCAUCACAAACUGGCGCGGCGGCAGGUGGUGAGUUGAGUCCCCGUGUCAUGUUUUUGUCAGAUUCCCGGUGAAAGGGCAAAACCCGGUUUUUCCCCGUGUGAUGUGUGUCGCGUUUCCCGUGGAAGAUGACCCGUUUAGCUGUUGGCUAGCAUACGUGGUUUUAGCUUUUGGCGUGCCUUGCCGUAAGUUUUUUUCGGAAGGCACAGAUACUUGUAGUUGGGGGUCUCCUGUCGAACACACGUGAUUUUUCGUUGGUUGUUUUGGAAAGCGAGGAAGCGUGUGAGGUUUUGCGCCCCUCGCCCUGGCAAUGGCUGUUUUCGUCUCUGUUGAAAGCGCCCACCAAUGCAAGCUCGUUGGCUGUGCCGGUCCCUUAGACUAUUUAUAAUUUCAGCUCUAGCAUGUAACCAAGCAGUUCAGGUCGAUGAAUCAACCGAUCGGGGACUGUGGGGGUCGCACGAGAGUCCAGGACAAGAUGGAUGUACUGUACGACUGUACGGCAGUGAUGCAGAGCGCCAUGUUUGUUCGCGUGGCCCCUCCCUAUUUCGAAGUACUAUCGGUAUCUGACGUGUGGCGGAUCUACCCGUGUUGUGUGAGAACCUAUGGUGUCAUCGAUGUACUGUACCUAUUUCAGCAAAAAAAGUCAGUGGUGCAUCAAGCAGAGUCGUGUAGGGGGAGGCUAGGUUGUGUACUAUACUGAGAUUUGCUAUGACUGUUUCCGAACAAGAGCGGGCGGCAAGCAAGAUGCAGCAAGCGGCGUUGAAUCUCUUGGUCGUUGUAACUUUUCCUGGCUCAACCAACCUUUGUUACUAGUUUUUUUAUAUUAAUGCUGUGCUGCACUCAAUGAUUCUUCUACACUACAGGCAGUUAGAUGAGGCGUCCUGAUGUCGAAUGAAUGUCAAAUGAAUGUGUGCCGUUUUUCUUGUCGCCUCUCUUUUUUUUCCAAUCACGUAUUACCGUCUCUUGAUUCGCGUGUUUUGGAUCGUCUUUCAGUUAUAUUAAACGCG